UCACUACUCUAGCCUUCUGAUCCGGAAGUAUAUUUUUCCCUCAAUAAAAUCACAGGUGACAAGUUUGAAAAUAGCAUUGUCAGAAUUAUAAUCAGAGCGUAGUAUAGCAGGCGUUUAGAAAGAGUUCGUUGUCUGACGUACGGCUCUGAGAAAAUGACCUUCGUCUGGAGACCCGCGCGACGCUUGUACCCUCAGCUGUCAACGUCAAGUUUCGUGCAGUCUCGCACUAUCAUAAAAGAAAACAAGUUAAAUAGAGCUGGUUUGGAGCGAGUGAUCCCUGCCUUCCGCUCUGUGUGUGGUGAAGAUGGAGUUUCCUUGAGUGAAGCAGUCAGGGAACAACAUGGCAGAGAUGAGUCUGUACACCGUUGUUGCCCCCCGGAUGUGGUGGUGUGGCCACGCAGUGUGGAGGAGGUCAGCGCCCUCGCCAAGAUCUGCCACCACCACUGCCUUCCCAUCAUCCCAUUUGGCACGGGCACAGGCCUGGAGGGUGGAGUGGGUGCUGUUGAGGGUGGGGUGUGCUUCAGUCUGAGGAACAUGGACAGGGUGUUGGAUGUCCAUCAGGAGGACUUUGAUGUGACCGUGGAGCCAGGUGUAACUCGCAAAGCCCUGAACUCCUACCUGCGAGACACAGGGCUGUGGUUUCCUGUCGACCCUGGUGCAGAUGCAUCUCUCUGUGGCAUGGCAGCCACCAGCGCAUCAGGCACCAACGCCGUGCGAUACGGCACCAUGAGGGAGAAUGUACUCAACCUGGAGGUGGUGCUGGCAGAUGGAACUAUCAUCCACACAGCAGGGAGGGGGCGCCGUACCAGGAAGACAUCUGCCGGGUACAAUCUGACCAACCUGUUUGUGGGUUCAGAAGGCACGCUGGGGUUAAUCACUAAGACUACCUUGCGUCUUUAUGGGGUGCCUGAGGCCAUGGUAUCAGCUGUGUGCACCUUCCCCUCUGUCCAGGCAGCAGUGGACAGCACAGUCCAGGUCCUCCAGGCGGGAGUGCCCAUCGCACGCAUCGAGUUCCUUGAUGAUGUAAUGAUUGACGCCUGUAACCGCUUCAACUCCCUCUCUUACCCUGUGGCCCCGACUCUCUUCCUGGAGUUCCACGGCAGUGAGAAGAGUCUGGAGGAGCAGGUCACUGUCACAGAGGAAAUCACUCGGGAUAACAGUGGGUCAGACUUCAACUGGGCACGGGAUGCAGAGACCCGCGGGCGUCUGUGGAAGGCAAGACAUGAUGCCUGGUACGCUGCCCUGGCACUCCGACCGGGCUGCAAGGCCUACUCUACCGAUGUGUGCGUCCCUCUUUCUCAUCUUCCUCAGAUCAUUGUAGAAACCAAGGAGGACCUGGUGCUAAAUCGACUCACAGGUCCAAUUGCGGGUCACGUUGGAGAUGGAAAUUUCCACUGUAUAAUGGUAAUGGACCCCAACGACCAGGAUGAGGUCACUAGAGUACAGGAAUUCACUGAGCGAUUGGCAAGGAGAGCACUGGCCCUGGAUGGGACGUGCACUGGGGAGCACGGGGUGGGCCUGGGGAAACGGGCCUUGCUACGAGAGGAGAUGGGACCAAUGGCCAUCGAAGUCAUGCAGGGCCUCAAAGCCACCCUGGACCCCAAAAACCUAAUGAAUCCUGGGAAGGUGCUGUAGCUGAAGGUGCUGAAGCUGUCAACUUAUCACAGAGCACUGAACCAAUGAAUGAAGUCUAAUAGGGAUCCCAUGUUGCUCAGUUUGUUCAGCACAUUGGUUUGUGGGUUUGAUUCCAGGUUUGUGGGUUUGAUUCCCAUGGUGUACUAGUAUGGAAAAUACUUUCUGGGCGUCUGUUGAAUUACUAUGUAAAUACUUAACAAUUCAGUUGCCCACAGUUUUGUGUUUUAAGGCUUGAGUGACUAAUGAGCACCAAGGGCAAAUUAUUUUUGUGUCCUCGGUUUUUCCUCUUAAAAAUGUGAUGCUGCUAAUUUAGAUGUUAUUACAACAGAAAUGUUUGCCUCAAAACUAUUUAUUCACUAUUUGUAUUUAACAGUUUGUAAUGGCAUAUGUUUGCCUUUUGUUUAUUCUCUGUUUUGUGCUGUUAAUUUGUAAAUGCUGUAUUUAAGCAGUAAUUGACUGAUUGACAAUAAAAGGCCUCAUCAUAUUGUUA